AUUUAUUCAAGCUGUAUGGGCCUUUUCUUCGAAGAUGCUCGGCCCAAAACGAACAGCGCACACAAAAACGUUGUAGCGGAAGCAGAAGCGGAAGCAGAAGCAGAAGAAGAGUCGGCGAUGAGUAUCUUGAAAUUUUGCCGAGAAUGCAACAACAUAUUGUACCCAAAAGAGGACAAGGAGACUCGCACCCUCCUCUACGCUUGCCGCAACUGCGAUCAUCAGGAGGUCGCUGACGACAACAUUGUCUAUAAAAUGGAGAUACGCCGGCCUGUUCGUAAAGGAACUGAGAUUUUACACGAUGCGGCGGCUGACGCUAGUCUUCCUCGUACUAGGAGUGUUAAAUGCGCCAACUGCAACCAUCCGGAAGCCGCCUUUUUCCAGACGCCCGAAUGGAUGAUUAAUACUGAUUAAGAAGUUUUCUUGGCGACCGCCAAGGGAGAAGAGGGCAUGACGCUGUUCUUCAUGUGCUGCAAUCCAAGCUGCGGCCACAGGUGGAGAGAUUGAUGGAAUUACUUCAUGCUAACUACUUAAAGUUGGCGAUGCAUCGCCGUUCCUUCUUGAACAGUUAACGGUCAUGUUUUAGUAAAUUUCAAACGAUGUUCUUAGUUCGACCUAAAUCAGUAGUAAUUCUGUUAUGGCUGUAACGCAGAAUGGAAAAAACUAGUUUUUAUAUGUGAUCAGAAAUAUUGCUUCUUAUGGCUUGAAUGUGAAUGCAUCAUUGGAAGCGAAUUUUCGUAAA